AUGGAAACCCCCAAGAUACCGGCUCCGAAGGACGAAGGUGAAAGGGAGGUCCUCGAAAAGCUAAUUGCUAUUCGCGAUCAGUUGCAAUUACGCAAACUCGACCGCACGACCUACGUUCGGACUCAAGAUGUCAUGGUUUUAUAUGACCAGGCUAUCGAGCAGGUCAGAAUCUUGAACGAAGUUAGACAUGGGAAGUCGGUCGAGGAGAAUAGAGUGGACAGAGUGGUAGACAGCUGUUUCCAAUUACUAUCGCUCUUUUUCAUGACGAUCGGCCGAAACAAUGAAGCCCCUGCCGCCUAUGCCCUGACCUCGACCAUCAAGCGACUCCUAGACCAUCUAGACGAGGCCAACUUAUUCUCUGCUCGGGAUCUCGAGAGCAUGUCUCAGACGCUUGUGUAUCUAUCGGAAAUAGCACACAACUCCGCCAGCACGAAGCCUUCGCCUUUACUGGAGACCUUGAUUGUGCAACGGAUAGAGCGAUGUCGUGUAUCGUUAGCAAACCUACAGAAAAGGAUCGAGGAUAUUGCAGAGCCAUUGCGGCCGACCGCGGACAGGCUCGUCUCCAUAAUGAGACAAAUGGCUAUAAUCAAUACUAAAUCAAAGUUCACACCAUCAGAAAUACAUAAGCGAGAGGCGGAGCUGAAAGAGAUUGGCGAGACACGAAAGGAUGGGCAAUUUCUCGACGCUGAUGGUAAUGUUUUAAAAGGUAGCGAGAGCGUCUCGCUGUUGCUGGACCGAUGUUUAGCGUAUACGAAAAUUGUCCUCGAAAAGUGUGUUGUCCAGCGCCCAGCUCCCAGCUACACCUACCCGGGUAUAUUUACUAAUGCAAUGCCCAGAAACGGCCAGUUUCCUGACAAAUGGAAACCAAUUUACGAUGUCCUCAUUGGCAUUAGAAACGAGCUCGAUAAGCUGUCGUUGACUCAAGCGUGGUCACUGCGAGAAACGGACUUGUACGACUACCAACGGCAACUCGACAGGAUCGAUGAGAGCAGAGUUAAUGGCAAUUGGGUGGAUGAUCAGGGACAACCAGCCGAACUUUAUGUCCAACGGACCCUUCUUUACCUAAUUCGUCGGAGCUAUGGUUAUAUCUAUCAUCUUAUGAUAUCAUCAGAGCCCGUUUCCGAGGCUCUAUUGCCGAUUUACAACCAACUACAGACGCUAAAGCGUUGUCUCGUCGAGGUAAAGAACAGUGGUGGCGUAACGUCGGUGAGGGAGCUUUACCCUUAUAGCAUGAAGCUACAUUCGAUCGACAAUAUGAAAGUUGAUGGCAAAUUCAUGGUCGGGGAAGAUAUUCCCGAAGGUCAAGGCAGUGUAGCUGAACUGCUAGCCGAGUGCUUCGACCUGAACUACGAGCUCAGAGUAGCAGCGGAGGCGACAACAGAAACUCCUCCAUCAGAGCAGGGGUCAUAA